AUGUCCUCUCCUGACCAGGCACCGAUCCAAAUUGAGGCGGACCCGGGUGUUGUUGGUCUCGGCGACGACGACUCAGCCAUCGAUUCUGACAGUUACCAUGAGUCUACUGCCUCUGUUACGGCGAGCAUCUUCGAGUAUCGAACCAUCCGAGGCCGAACGUACCAGUCGUCGAAGACCACCGAGUAUUGGGCCCCAAACGAUGAUAAGCACUUGGAGGGAUUUGAAGUCGCACACGCUUGGAUAACAAUGAUGCUGGAUGAUAAAUUGUUCCUCCCACCAAUUCGCGAAUCUCCCGAGCGGGUUCUUGACGUGGGAACUGGAUCUGGUAUUUGGGCCAUCGACUUCGCAGACGAAUAUCCCUCCGCCGAGGUUAUCGGCGUUGAUAUUUCUCCAACACAACCUGACUGGGUGCCACCAAAUCUAAGCUUCCAAAUAGAUGAUGCCCAGCUUGACUGGACCUUCGAGCCCGAAUCGUUCGACUUCAUUCAUGUUCGCUACAUGCAGGGUGCCAUUGAUGAUUGGCCCAAGUUCUAUCGCCAGAUGUUCCGCUUCCUCAAGCCGGGCGGCUGGUUCCAGCAUUUAGAACCUGAUAUCGAGUUAGGAUGCGACAACCCAGAUGUGAAGGUUGACAAGGAGCACAUCUUUCAGCGGUGGGCACAGCUAUUCUACGACGCUGGCAAUAAGCUGGGACGUACCUUUAUGUUCCGUGACAAUAGCAUGGGUCAGUGGGCGAGCGAGGCUGGAUUUGCUGAGGUCACUCAUCGGAAGUUCAAGAUACCAUACGGUGGCUGGGCUAAGGAUAAGAAGCUGAAACAGUUGGGCAAACUCACUGGUUUCUACCUUGACUUAAGUCUUGACGGGUUUGCUGUCUACCCAGUGGGCCAGAUAUUGGGCUGGAGCUUUGAUGAGGUCCAGGUCCUUGUUGCUCAGAUGCGCGCUGCAGUCCGGAACCCUAAUAAUUUGACCUACGGUAAUAUGCAUGUGGUCUACGGUCAGAAGCCAGAGGAAGCGAUAUAA